GCAAAAACAUGCGAAAUUGUGAUUGUCAAUAUUGCGGAAGUUUUGAUGCGCCAUUCGAACACAAAAAUGUCUAUAAUAUUUGUUGUUUUGCUCGGUUUUCUCGCUACCCACACUUGUAGUGCAGACAAGAACCCUGUGCCUGUGCCUGUUGUCACUGAUAGGAAUGAUUUCGUUUCAAAUAUCACGGAAAGCGAAAACCUCGAGUUCACUUCAACCGGCAAGGGAACGCCUACCGGUCAUGCCGGUACAUCAGCUGAGCGAACAACUGCGGUCGUGACCGACGAUGGCUUCUUAUUUCCCGAUGGAAAAUCCACCUAUGCGCGCUUCAUCCCGGCUCUUAGCUGUGACUGCCGCCGACUCAUGGAGGAAUAUGCAAGGUUCUCAUCAAGUUUUAUGCACUGCGCCCUGAUACACGCCAAACCAUUGUUGGUGUGUGAAAUGUGUGUGGCUAAGUAUAAAGACGCGGACAAGAAAUUCCGGGAAAUUGAAAAGUCGACCUGUGAUAGCAGUUUACUGAGCUCUGAUCGUGUGCAGAUUCUGAGAGAAACUCAUGAAUUUGUCAAGAAGCUAUGGGUGAAGGGAAACUGUGGAAAUUGCUUCAAGGACAUGAAAAAUUGCAGUGGCAGUCACAAUGAAGAUUGUCAAGUAACGGAAAAGGUUUCAAAAUUCCAGAAAUACAACAACGAGACACUGGACUGUUUUGCUGCCAUAAACGAUCACGAUGUGUGCAAGAACUGCUCUGAGAUUUACGGUACGCUGAGCAAGUUCUAUGCAUCCAUGGGAAACGUUGAGGAGAUCUGCAUGGACUGUGUGGAACUGAUGAAUAGCACACGGAAAGAAUGGAGUACUAUAUACAACUGCACCCGUAUCAGGAGGGACAUUGUCUCCAUUGUUGCUAUCAGUGUCUUCUUCUGUUCCUUGCCUCUCUUCUUCUACGUUGGUUCCAAAAUGCACACUGCGAAGACUGAGCACAAGCUCGUGAAACAGAACCGACUGAUAAAGUCCAACCAGCGACCUCGACCCAAAGUGGCUGCGCUACCAGCACAUAGGGAGGCCUACCUAACGAACGACAGCUCAUGCAACUCUAUAUGAGAUGCACUAUCAUCUAGCACACCUAGAUCUGUGAUGCUGAUUGGUCAACUACAUACCUGGCCAUAUACAUGUAGUACCAGCCCCAUGGUGCGACAAAAUUAUUUACUCCUUUCUUUCAUGCACCUUUGUCUUUACGAUAGCAGAGGUUGUAUAUUUUUAUCUUUUGCAGUCAGUACUUGUAAAUUGUGAUGCAAAUUUAUUUAUCAUAAACUUGCAUUCUGUUGCCUUGUUGUAUUUGUUGAUUUCUAAGGUGAAACGAGUCCGUAAGCAUGGAAUGUCUCCAAAGUUGAAAGGUCACUAUUAAAGUGUUACUCAUGUCGUCACACCGUUACCACAAAGUGACACUAACAUCGAAAAAGCAAUAUUUUGCAAUUUCAAUUUUUUUCCCGUCAAAAAGGGGUUUUGCAUUUUCACGAAGUAACACAAAUAUCAUGUGAUUUGCGCGACUCACUUCUGGCGUUUUCACGAAGUAACGCCAAGCCCAUAGCUAAUACACACGGGUAGCAUCACUUCGUGAAAACUCGAACACAGCGUUUUCUGAUAUUUGAGUUUUCACGCAGUGUACUUAUGAUUAAUUAGUUUGAUAACUCAUUAAUAAUUACUUUGUUCAACAAAACUCAUACAUUAAUGUGUCAUUCAAGAUCUCAGCUUUCAGACAAUGCAACAAAAUAUGAAAUUUGAGGCUAAAAUGAUAUUCAGAUCACCAAUUUCAAAACAUUUUCCACUUUGCGGGGGUUAAGGUAACUGUGUGGUGUCGGUGACGAUGCAUGGUGCCAUUCCGUGCCAAUGUUAUUUACGGGAAAAAAAAGCCUAAAAGCAGGCAAUUGCAACACAUAGAAAAUCCCAGAUUUUUUUCCGAAAAUUUGGACAAAUAUGCAAAUAUUGUUAGCCCAUCCCACAAAAAAGAGGGGGAGGGCCCUCCCCUCUUUUUGUGGAUAAAAUUUCUAUGACUAAAGAGAGAUGAUGAAUUUUUACUCAUUAAUUGUUGCAUUUAUAAAAUAUUGAAUCUUUGUGCUGACUUUUUUACUCAGAAAUAAUCUAAACAAUUUUGUCAUGAUAAUCUGUAGUAUAAACAUAAACUGCCUUCCAAAUUAAAAAGUUAAUAUUUUUUACAAAAUUACUGUGCUGUGAUAAAAUUGACAUUGGUAAACAGUGCGCACAUCUAUUUUGUCAAAAGGGCUGGAUCAGUAAUGUGCUUAUUUUUAAUACUUGGGGGGAAAACUUGAAAUGACUUUUUGGGACAUACUUUUUGUUUUUUUCCCACGAAUACCAAGAUAUAUUUAUUGCUUUAAAAAAAUCUGAAAUAUUAGUCUGGCACAUCAGGCAAGUUUAAAGAUAUUUACUUGUUCUUUUAUUUCACACUAUCAUGUAUAUAUGCAAACUUUACAUUUAUGUACAUGCUAAUAAUAAAAUAAACAUUGAUUAAUUUUGAUGAAAACUGAA